UUGCACUAUAGUGCAGGCUGAUGGAUGGAAGUUUGAUUGGAGGUAGAUAUCAGUCACGAGAGGCUGAUCUAGUGUUGUGAUUCGAUAGUUCAGAUUUCGUACUUCCUUUUCAAAGACUGCAUCUGAAAGCGCCAAUCGCAUAAGCGAGAGAAGUUGUUUGUUUUCACGGGAAAUAACUUUCAGUACCUAAUUAAUUAGUCAGGCUUUAUACUGAGGCUCAGUCAUUUACAGUAAAUACCAGCGCCUUUGGACAAGUGUCGGAUCAUCAGCACUAACAGGAAAUGUCUACAUCUCUCUGCUGUUUCCUGUCUGUGGGCCUCCUCGUGUUUGUCUCUGCAGACCAGAAAACCAUCACAGCUGAGUCUGGACAGAAUGUCACUCUGCCAUGUCGAGCUCGAAACAACAGCAAGAUCCUAACUGUAGAGUGGCACCGACCUGACCUGCAGCCAAAAUAUGUUCUUUUAUUUCGGGAUGGAAACAUUGAUCCAGACAACCAGCAUCAAUCUUUUAAGAACCGGGUGGACCUGCAGGACAGAAAGAUGAAGGAUGGAAACGUGUCUUUGAUUCUGAAGAAUGUGACGAUUAAUGAUAGUGGAACAUACGAGUGUCAAGUCUUCCUGGAAGAAACACGCUCCUUGCAGUCCAUCACAAACAUCACCCUGAGUGUCGUUCCUCCAGGUCAGCGAGGAAGAUCUGUUGGACUGAAAGGCAGUGUGCUAGUUUUAGGUCUGCUUUUUGUUGUUGCUUUUGCUUUUGCAUUUUAGAGAAUAACAGCGACAGGAUCCGUACCAGCCUCCUGCUGAACCACAACAGCUUUGAAACCUCUCAGAACUUUUUCCAUCUGAACUCUGACCCAUGAAUUGAUGAUGAACAUCGAACACGUCCAGAGUUGCUUUGAUGUCAAAUUUCUCUGACUAUCAUCAAACCUGUUCAGACUCUGCCAGUCUCUGUGCUGUCUGUCAGAGACUCUGUGAACUACAUUGUUUGUUCAUCUUCAGUUUCCAUAGGAUUUGUUUACAAUAAGAAGAACUUUGUAAAUCAAUCAAUGAAUUCACUGUAUGAUACAAAAUCAUUAUCCUAAUAGUAUAGUAGCUUGUAGGUUUUCCGUUCCUCUCAGCCUCCAAUUUGUUGUUCUUUAUACAACCUGAAUUCCAGAAAAGUUGUGACGUUUCAUAAAUUUGAACAACAUGAAAGCUAAGACUUUCACUUGAUAUGAGCCAAUAACUUAUUCACAACAGAACGUAAUUAACAUAAGAAAUGUUUAAACUGAGAAAUUUUACAAUUUAAUGCACAAAAUGAGCCCAGCAUCUUUGAUGACAUGGAGGAGCAUAAGUAAAUACAUUAUGGGCAGGUUGUAUGUUUGGAAAGAACUAUGAAUGCUAAAAGUGCUAUAAAGGUUUUAGAGCAACAUCUGCUACCCUUCAGAUGAUGUUUAGUUCAGGGAAGGCCGUUUGUAUUUGCCAAUCUUUCACCUAUAGAGAACAUUACAGACGCAUAAUUAAUUAAAUGCACAAACUCUUCGGCAAAUGAAAACCUAUAUAAGGCAAGAAUUGGACUGAAUUUCCAAACCAAAACUCCAGAAAGUCAUAACUUCAAUGCUCAGACAUCUUCACACUGGUUUGAAAAGAAGAGGAGAUGCUACACAAACAGGCCCCUGUUUCAACUACUCUGAGACCUGGAGACCUGCAUCUGAUUUGAAAUGAGCUCAUUUAGUGCCUGAAAGUAUAAAAUCUCAGUUUAAACAUUCAUGUUAUCGAAGUCAGCUUUUAUUGGCAAAAACCAUAUGCUCAGAGCACACAGAGGAAUUUCAAAUUGCAAUGCUCCCACAGCCCCCAGCCCUCGAGAUAAAAAGAUAGAAAUACAACAAUGUUAUGUACAACACAAUGCAAUAUAAUACAAAACAAUCUUACAUAAACAAAAGUGUCCAUCACAAUCAGAGUGUUAUUCAUGUUCUGUUGUGAAUGAAAUAUUGGCUCAUGCUUUUUGAAAGUCUUAGUUUUCAUUUUGUUCAAAUUAAAUUAAUUAAUUAUUAAAUUACUUCUCUGGAAUUCAAUGUAUUUUUGGUUUUUACAUUCAAAUAUGAAUAAACUUUUUUUUUUAAUCUGUAAUUGUAUGUUUUUAUAAGAAGUCAUAUUUUGCUAAUAAAGAACUGUU